AGCUGCAUUGUUCCCGGGUGACGGGCGAUAGGAUACUCGUGUAGACCGGAGCUCAGCAUCACAUCACUCUGCCGCUGAAGGCUCGCUGUGAGAACACAACAGCAGUCCACCACCUCACAGUCCACUUGUAGGAGCCGUCCAACGCAGUGCUGGUAGUGUAGUAGCCCGUCGAGACGCAGGGGGAUCGCCUUCUGGAAACACGCACACACACACAGGCGCACCUCCGCCUCACCCAUGGACUUGUAACUAUGGAAUACCACUGGAUAUUGUUUUCUGUCGUUUUGCAGUUAACCAUUCAUCCAGGGCGUCCCAGGCCAACCAUCGCCCCGGGUGGUGCUCACCUGGUGGUGCCCCUCAACAGCCCCCUCAGCCUGCGCUGCUCCGGCCAGCGGGUGGUGCAGUGGCGGCGGGAGGCCGGGUCCCGGGUUCGGGGGGAGGUGAGGACCCCUGGGAUGUCUGUCCUCCACGUCCCCCGCGCCAUGGCUGUCCAGAUGGGCCGCUACGUCUGCCUGGAGGAGAGCACCGGGGAGCAAGCCUCCAUCUACGUCUACGUGAAAGACCCUGACAAUGCCUUCCGGAGGUCCAUCGUGUUCAACAUCCUGACGCGAGUGGGAGACAGCGUCUCCAUUCCCUGCCUGGCCACCGACCCGGCCCUGGUCAACCUGAGGCUAGAGACCUGCAAGGGCCGGGCGCUGGCCCCGGGCCUCCAGUACUCGGCCACCCUGGAGGCCGGCGUCACCAUCUACAGUACGGAGAAGGCCUUCGAGGGCUGCUACGUGUGCAGCGGGCAGCUGGGAGAAGCCGAGGUCCGCUCAGGCUGCUACGACCUGACCGUGCGGCCAGCCCCGGUCGCCCCUCCUGAGAUCCAUCUCCAAGCCCCGAAACGCAUGAUCCUGACCAAGGGACAGAGCCUCUCCCUGGCCUGCAACACCAGCAACGCAAACGGCGACAUCAAACUCAAGUGGAACACUCCCCCUGGCUCGGGUGCCGUCUGGUAUCCACAGCAGCCAGCUCAGGUGGCCAGCGCCUCUCACAUCCUGGCCGAGAACUUCACCCACGUGCGCAGCGCUGUGCUCCGCAUCAAGGCCGUGCUCGCCCAGGAUGCCGGACGCUACCAGUGCGAGGCGUUGAACGAGAAAGGCGCGAGCACCAAGUCGGUCUGGCUGGAGGUUUACGCCAAAGGUUUCAUUCAUGUUCGCCCGGUGGAGAACAGCACCAUCAAGGUGCGGUCGGGGGAGAGCCUGUCCCUGGUGGUCAGCAUGGAGGCUUACCCUAAACCCAACCACUUUACCUGGAACUUCAUGGGCCAGGCCCUGGCCAACACCACCGACCAUGUGAUCACCACAGACAACCACUCACACAGUUACAGCAGUGAGCUGAGGUUGGUUCGCCUGAAAAUGGCUGAAGGGGGCGUGUACACGUUUCACGCCUCCAACGGCGACGCCACAGUCAACCAGUCCUUCAGGGUCUUCGUGAUCAGUAAACCGGAAAUUGUUUCACACGAGGGGCCGGUGGACGGACAGGUGCGCUGCGUUGCCGAGGGCUUCCCAGCACCUCAGAUCUCCUGGUACUACUGCGAGAAGCCCUAUGUCAGGUGCUCCCAACAGGUGAACAGCACUCUGGAGGAGCAGGACGUUAUCACAAUCACCGUCUUCAGCCCGCUGUUCGGCAAGACCGAGGUGGAGAGCCGCGUGAACGUCAGCACCCGCAGGUUCCACACACUGGAGUGCGUCGCAACGGUGGAGGGGGAGCAGGCCUACACCCUCUUCUCCAUCAGUGCAGAGAGGAGGGUCACUCAUGCCCUCUUCACCCCCCUGCUCAUUGGCUCAGUGUCUGCCGCCACCGUCCUGUGCCUGGUUCUAGUUGUGCUCUUCUACAAGUACCUGCAGAAACCCAAAUACCAGAUCCAGUGGAAGGUCAUCGAGGGCAUCCAUGGCAACAACUAUGUGUAUAUUGACCCCACCCAGCUGCCGUAUGACAACCAGUGGGAGUUUCCCAGAGACAAGUUGCGAUUCGGGAAAACGCUGGGAUCAGGGGCGUUUGGGAAGGUGGUAGAAGCUACGGCGUACGGACUAUCCAAGGCCGACUCAGUCAUGACCGUUGCCGUGAAAAUGCUCAAACCAAGUGCCCACGCCACAGAGAAAGAGGCACUGAUGUCCGAGCUCAAAGUUCUCAGUUACCUCGGAAACCACAUGAACAUCGUCAACCUUUUGGGAGCCUGCACCGUUGGAGGUCCGACCCUGGUGAUCACUGAGUUCUGCUGCUUCGGUGACCUGCUGAACUUCCUGCGGAGGAAGAGGGAGACAUUCUUCUGCUCCAAGAUGGAGGAUGACUGCUACUACAGAAACAUCCUCCGGCAGAGUAACCCUGGCAGCGACGGCAGGAACGGCUACAUGGUGAUGAAUCCUUCUGGCACUGACCCAUCGCCCUCCACCUCCUCGUCCGAGAGGAGGCGCUCGCUACGCAAAGGCGGGUCCAACAGUGACGAGGACGUGACCAGUCAGAUGCUGCAGGAGGACAGUCUGAGCCUCGACACAGAGGACCUGCUCAGCUUCUCCUACCAGGUCGCCAAGGGGAUGGACUUCCUCGCCACCAAAAAUUGUAUUCACAGAGACCUAGCAGCCAGAAAUAUUCUGCUGACCCAGGGGAGAGUGGCCAAGAUCUGUGACUUCGGUCUGGCCCGGGACAUCACCACUGACUCCAACUAUGUGGUCAAAGGCAAUGCUCGUCUGCCGGUGAAGUGGAUGUCGCUGGAGAGCAUCUUCGAGUGUGUGUACACCUUCGAGAGCGACGUCUGGUCCUACGGCAUCCUGCUCUGGGAGAUCUUCUCACUCGGAAAUAGCCCUUACCCAGGUAUGCCAGUGGACUCCAAGUUUUACAAGCUGAUUAAGGAGGGCUACAGAAUGGACGCCCCAGACUUUGCCCCGAGCGAAAUGUACCAGAUCAUGAGGUCCUGCUGGGAUGCAGACCCCUGUCAGAGACCACCCUUCAGGAAGAUAGUAGAGAGAAUCGAGAAGCAGCUGUCAGACACCACCAAACACAUCUAUCUGAACUUUAACUCGAGGAUCACAGGGUCCGCCGGGGCCAGGGGGGACCCACCAACCCAGAAUGCAUCACUACACUAUCCUAACCCUGGCAUUCUUGGCACCCACAGCCAGCCGCUACUGGCCCAGGACGAGGUCUUCCUGGAGGGAAUGAGCCUAAGGGCACACCGUGUGUGAGGACCCCACCCAGUAUAGGCAGCCCAUGAAGUGCCUGUUGGACAAAAAAACACCAAAAACCAACCCCCAAAACCUUAGUAGUACCAAAGUACUAUUUCGAUGUCUGGUUCUUCCAGAGAAAAUUGAGACAAACUAAAAUAUGCGAGCCACUAAGGAGAUAUAUGUGUACGCUUACAAGAGAGGAGCUCUCUCACUGCCUAUUGGUUUAGGAGGACCUUGGACUUAGAAGACACGCAACUGAGUGUGAGGUCCACUUUUUUUUUUAAGUACCUAAGACUGUUAUACAAAAAACAUAUUUUUCAUCUAUCACAUUUUUUUCCUACCACAUUUCAUGUACCUUUUGAGUUUAUUUGAAAACAAUUUGUUACUGGAACAUUUAUUUUUACUUUCUGAAUAUCAUUUUUAUUUGUGUUGCUUUCAAGAAAAUUUGUGUAGCAUUUUAAUUUUUUAUCGAUUGAAAAAUGUUUGUGAUAGGCACUGGAGGCACUUAUGGUGAUGUUAUUUCACAUGCAAACAUACAGAUAUACGAUCACAGUAGCACACAUAAGCAAACAAACACGCUAAAACACACCCCCACACACACGCACACUGGGAAACAGCUUUCAUUAUUUCAUUCAAACAGUUUCUCUCUCAGUAUUAUUUUCACCUGUUGAGGUCAAACGUUAUAAGAAGGACUAAGUCUUGGGUGGGACGGGUCCAAUUUAAAUAAAAAAUACUGCGAUCCCUGUUAAAAAUAGGCUUUAGCUUGCGUGUAGCGCAAGUGCUGAUAUAAAAACUUAAAUUAGCUUCAUCAUAGAAAAGACUAACCAAUGACCAAACCAAUUCAUAUUUCAACGCUUAUAUAAUUAUUUUACCAUUCAUCCCUUGUGGUCUAGCCGUAAAUACAUAUACAUACACAGCCAGAGUUACAAGGUGAAAUUAUUCAAUUGGGUUUGCUCAUUGGUUGUGGUACUAUAAGCUUGGUUUUCUUGCUGUAUACAUGUACAUAAAUAUAAAUAUAUAUAUAUAUCUCUUUUAGAAAUUAUAGUGGUGGUUGCAAUGACUCGUGAACUUGGUUAAAUUCUUACGAAGAAAUGAGGAAAGCUAAGCUAAAAUUGUGAGGUAACAAGCUUGUCUAUUUUCCUGUUGCGAUAGGCCACUGAAGUGAGCGGUUUCACGUUGUGCCCGCUGGGCUGCUUGAGAGUUUGUUUGAAUGUAUAAAUAACUGGAAGGACUCCUGCUGCAGGUCUUAGUACUUUAUCUUUGUUUACAGUCAUGAGACAGGUACCGACAUUUCAUACCCUGCAACUGAAACGCUAAAAUCAAACCCGCAAGGAACAGCACUACCACUGGUCAAACAAGGGUAUUUUGAUUGGCUCAAAUUUGUGCCAGGUGACGUCACUGACGACCAAUCAGACAACGGGGCUUUUGCCUCAGGGUUCCGGCGGUUACUCUUGAACCUGUAAGAGUCAAGCCGUGCUUCAUAUUGUUGCUGUCAUACGUGUUGGUGUUGCGCUGCCUUCCCGGAGAGUACAGGCAGUUGAUGAGAUUAGGCUUAAAGUGCUUCUGGAGGCUGAUUGUCAGGCUGGUGGCUCAACAACAAGGAGAGUGGAGAGGACUUCCUGUAUUCAUGUCUCACAAUCAUGUUGUCAUCUCCCGGGGCCCCGGCCAGGAGCUGCCCCCCCCCCCCUUCCAGCCCCAGCAGUUCCACUAUUCUUCCCAUCCAGCUGUGUCCUGUUCCAGGCACGGGACGUAGGAACACCUGGAGACCAGCGUCAUCUCUGGAUCAGGAACCCCCCAACCCCCUCACCUAGGCAGACUGCUGUGCUGUUAUCAAGAGCACCAGGACUGUGAGUGUAUGUUUUGUGUGUGUGUGUGUGUAUGUGUGUGUGUGUGUGUGUGUGUGUGUGUGUGUGUGUGUGUUUGCCCCCCUGCAGACAAUAUGACCAAAUGUUGUGCCACUGUUAAAAGGUCCCCAAAUGGUGUAGGCUAGGUGUCCUGACGCUGUUGUGUAAAUAUGUACAAGCUCAUGUUGUAAAGUAGUGUUGUACACUCUCUAAAGAUGUUUAGUCUCCAGGAAGACAUGCGGUACGUUCACACGCUGACUCUUGUUUGUUCUGCGUGUCACUCGCACGCAGAACGCGCACCCAGAAAGAAGGAACUCAACAGCUCCGGCGGUUUCAUGUUUCCGUCGCCGUGACAACUUUAAACAGAAGACUUUCAGAGGGCCUCAUUAGAGGACAUCAUAAAAACGAUAAAAAACGGAAAAAAACAAACUUGUUUGUCAAGGUCCGUGGCAUGCUGUGCAAACAGAGCUUAACAUCGACGUUCAUAGACCAAUUGUACAGGGUCUCUAAAGGCCCCCUGUUUGACAUUUGGGAGGGAGGGAGGCCCUCCAUUAGCACGUAAUGUGUACCCCGGGGGUCUUUUAACCGAGCCUAGCCGUGUAAUCUUACGCUAAUCACUCUCAACUCAAGCCUGUUUGUCUCUGAGGUUGUUAUGUGUAUUUCUUUUCGUAUUUAUUAAACUGGAAGCUAUAUUAUUAAUGUGUAAAUCUUACCAUGUAUUGCUAUUUCAACGUCAAUGUAAAUAAAAUGGUGGACAUGAAAUUCACUGUGAAAGAUAUAUUGCUUCUUCUUUCUGUUUUCUACUUUUUUCUAUCCCUGGUAACAAAUGUAUUGUGGAUGGCGC